GUGUUUCCUCUCCAAGCAAAACAAGCUUCUGCAGCGCGCCUGCUGCCUUCUGCAGAUAAAAUAAUAACGGCGCAGUGGUUAUUUAAACCGAGCUAAAUAAGGCUAUUACUGCUGUUUCUAAUAAACCUUUAGAAUAAUAUGCUUCAGCUGAAUGACUCGGUGGAGCCGGAGAGUCCAGGGGCGGCGAUCCUGCCUGCCGCCGGCGUUGAGGAAGCGCUCGACGGUCUGGAGGUGGCGUUCAGUCCGGGGCCUGAGGCCCAGCCCAUGCUCGGGUUCGGAGCUGCUGUAGCCUGCUGCUCUCCUCUCCAAAAACUCACACCUUUUCACGUCCACAACCCGACCCUCCGUGCAAAAGUGAAGGAUUACUUCGUGUUCAGGCCAGGAACCAUAGAGCAGGCGGUGAACGAUAUCCGUACGGUGGCUUUACCUUCAGAAGAUGGAGAGGUUCUGAGUGUGUGGCUCUUAGCAGAAGUUGAUCACUGGAACAAUGAAAAGGAGAGACUGGUGCUCAUAACCGAGAGGUCCCUUCUGGUUUGCAAAUAUGACUUCAUAAACUUGCUGUGUCAGCAGGUCAUCAGAAUUUCCUUAAACGCCGUGGACACCAUUUCAGUCGGAGAGUUCGAGUUUCCACCGAAAUCACUGAAUAAGAGAGAGGGCAGUGGCGUUCGUGUGCAUUGGGAUAAACGGCAGAGACCUUCUUUUCUAAACCGCUGGAACCCCUGGUCCACUGACAUGCCCUAUGCCACCUUCACAGAGCACCCUAUGGCUCACGCAGAUGAAAAGGUGGCUUCCCUUUGCCAGCUGGAGAACUUUAAAACUCAGCUGAUCCAGGCGGUAAAGAGAGCCCAUAAGGAGUUUCCAAUCCCAGGACGGUCAAACGGGGUGCUGCUGCUGGAGCGGCCGCUGCUCAUCGAGACCUACCUAGGCAUCAUGUCUUUCAUCAACAACGAGGCCAAACUGGGCUACUCCAUGACCAGAGGCAAAAUCGGCUUCUAGUUCUAGUAUCAUCGCUAACUCGCGUUGUUGCACUUGAAUAUGUCGAGCUCCAUGAAUCCCUCUUGUGUUGCUUGCUGGAUCCCAUUGGGGGGGUGAAGUAUAUGCACCCUCUCCAUGUGACUCGCUGGCUCCUCAGCAUGUGCCUAGAAGCCUCUGAUGCCAACGUCGAUGCCCCUUUCCUGGGCUCGUGCCACCCUGCUUCAUUUUUGUUGUCCAACUUUUACUAGAUGUUUUUUUUAAUUAAUUUAUUUAAUUUGUUAAACAGUAUGUUGAUGUGGGAUUUGGAGUGUGUGAUGCUGGAGUAUUUUGGGUAUUAACCAUUAAAAGGUAGGGUAAUUCACCAUGUCCCUUUAUUAACAUGUUCGGUCAGGUGUUCAGAUUAGCGAUGGGGACAGAACGAUGGAAAAUGAACAGCCAUAAUUUCAGUAUUCCUCUAACAGCAGGCAACAUACAAACAGGUUUUCUUUUUUUGAUAUAUAUUACAGAUAGAUGGGCCAGCGUCUACAGUUUUGCCUUACAGGUUUUCAACGUUGCUAUGACGUUACAGCAGUCAGGCCAAAUGUCAGUAAUAUUUCCAGUUCACUGAAGAGGAAAGGAUGGAACAGAUGCACAUUUGUUUUUGGUAGCAGUUAUUUUUCACUUCAUGGUCUUAUGAGGCCAGGAAGGUGUGAGUUGAUUGAUUGAUUAAUUAUUAAGUUACAGCAACAACAGUUGCCAUUUUCUUAAUGUUGCUUGGCGCACAUCUGGACAACAAAAAAACCAACAAAACAACUUAGCUAGCUAACUUUACCCAAACAUUCUCUUCAAAAUCACAGACAGUCAUUGCGCUGUAUAAAAGCCUAUAUGCACAGCCGGUUGCUAAACCCUUACAGUUCUGCCAGCAGUUCAUCCACUGCAUUUUAUUGAUCAGUUAUUCCGUUUGCAUGGAAUUUAUUGCAUAAACUUCUGUCCCUGCCUGCAGAUUGAGUAAUAAUUAUGUUUUUUUUUUUUAUUGUUUUGAUUUAAUCUACUGUGCACUUUGAGGUUAGCAGUAGCAAGUAGAAAUGAACGACUUUCUCUUGGAUGCACUAGCGUUGUCAUGGAUAAGCUAUAAGAGAAAUCUGAAUGAAAUACGUGUUAAAAUUUUUUGAAUUGUAUUUAAAAAUCGUAUAAAAGUAUUAAGCAUUAUUAUUAAUAUAAUUAUUAGUAAAUUCAUUAAAAAAAAAAUUUGCAAACCAUUAUUAAAACUAGAAAUAUGAGACUCAUUAAUGAAUUUUACCUUUGCUGUCUCUGAGGUUUCUGAAACAUAAUUAUUAAUCUUCCCAACUGUGUGUGUGUGUUCCACUGCUUGCACUAGGCAGGCACAGAAUAAUCACACUGAUUGAUUCAUUCAUGUGUGAUUCAGCUCUCAUUAACUAGUGAAGCACAACCUGUUGACUCCUGUGCAGGUCAGUGACGUGGAAACGGAUAUUUGGUGGAAACUAGCCUGCUCAUGCAGAGAAUUUUGUAUGGCGCUGAUUGCAUUAAUAACAUACAGAAAACUCGUACACCGCUGAAAGCUUGUUAGUAAGUGGCUUCCAGCGGUCAUGCUGAAAGUUGAGUGAUCAAUUAUGUACGUUUCCUUUCAGUCCAAAAAUGUUAUUGUCUUACAAACAUAUUCUUUAUUAUUUACGAACUUAAAUCACUGUGAAUGGUUUGCACACUUUUCUUUGGAAUUAUUCGUUUCGGUCACUCCUUUUGUAAACGUACAUUUUAAGCUAUUACGUUUAAACCCUUUUUGGUCACUUUUAACUGUUUUCAUUUUACUGCCAUUCUACUACCAGCAGUGCCACUGGGAUUUAGCCCUCGCUGUAAAGAGAGCGAUGCAGCAGCGCUUUAGUCCUGUAGUCUGUCCUAGUUUCUCACCUCUUCCUCUGUACACAACUCAACAGAUCAGCUUCCAAAGUCACUAUCGUAAGUGCAUUGUAUUCUGGAACAGAUUUCCUGUCUCUUUACACUGGGGUUUUCUCAUUACUGUGACCUGGACAAUAAAAAAAAAAAAAAGAGCUCUCGUUCAUGUGUUUCAGGCUCUAACUAAAUCCUGACCAUUGUCUCUCAUGUUUAAAACGUUUUCCUGCUUAAUUGUACUAUGAUCUAUUGCUAUUGCAACUGCACACAUCUCACAGAAAUAAUAAAGAUACAGUACCAACCAACAAAUCUGUACCAGAAUGACUGGAAAAACACAUCAGAUAUUUGCAAUUUUGUUUAUAACGUUUCAUUUUCUUCAAGACAUUCUAUCACACUUUCAUAGCAGUGACAUCAGUGCAAAAAUGUUCCCUUACCGUAACUAAUGCGGCUCAGUUUGUGACGUUGAUCAGGGCUCAGGUUAGGUUAAUAAUUCAGCAAUCUUUCAUUUUAAAAAUGCUGCUUUAUUGUUCAUGGAUGCAAAAUGUGGGUUAGGAGUUUCAUUCUAACCAGAGGUGAUUAGUGCAGAUGCGUUAAUACGGGUUUCCCUAAUAGGUUAUUUUUUUGCUUGUAUGCACUUUUAUCCGUUUAUUUUUUUUUUGCCCUCUCGCUGUACAAUGUUAUGUGUUUUGUAUCAAACCUCUUAAUGAUGGCACUGUUUUGAAGGAUUUUUUGUUUUUGUACAAAUGUAAAGUAUUGCAUGUGAACUGUGCAUGCGGUUUACUGUGUGGAAAAAGUGCUUUUGUGUGUCUUUGUAAGCUGGUUGUUGCUUCGAAUCACCCAUUACAGCUUUUACACCCCU